UAAUUAAAGUAUGAAUGAAGCUAAUUAAUAAUAACAAAAAUUAAGCAUCAAUCGAAACAAUUGCAUGAAUAUUUCCUGCUAUGUUUUGACGUAUAUAUAAUUAGUUUCUCAUGGUUUCGCUUGUUCAUUUGUGCGAGAGAAACCACUGCAGUGAAAAACAUGGCGGCCCCCAGGUCAGCCAUGCUCGCCGUUGCGUCGAAAACCGCGCAACUGUUAAGCUGCAAGUCCCGGGUUCCACAAGUGGUCAGCUGUGCGGGCCUCAAGCUAUGGAAGGUGCCUCCAACGUUCGAAGGUGUGGAGUUCCCAGAGGAGAGAAAACUACGCGUCCUUGAAAAGGUGCCAACGUACCCAUUCGGCGUGCGGCCUCCAAAAAUGUUCAAAGACCUGGCCACCAUCCGUGGUCCCGAGCUCGUGCACAACAGGCUGCUGUACAACCAGUAUGGCAUAAUGGCCCUGUCGGGUGCCUUCCUUCGUCCAGGUCACAUCGACAUGAUUCGUCUCAAUAUAAACAAGAAACUUGAUGUUACUAGGAUGUUUGCUGUGUGGAGGAUCGAUCCGCCAUGGAAACCUAUCACCAAAAAGGGCCAGGGAAAAAGAAUGGGUAAAGGAAAAGGUUCCAUAGACCACUAUGUGACACCCAUCAAAGCAGGACGUGUCAUCAUCGAAAUUGGCGGCCACGUGGAGUUUGAGGAAAUCAAGCCACUUUUAGAGCAGGUAUGUCACAAGCUUCCUGUGGAUGCCAUACCAAUCACCAACCAAGUGCUUGAAGAAAUCAGGCUUGAAGAGGAAGAGCUAGAGAGAAAGAACAUCAAUCCGUUUAGCAUCGAGCGGGUCAUAGACUACAAGAUGCACGACUCUGCUCGGUGGAUCAGCAAGUAUGACAGGAAGUACUACACAAAAUAUGUGUAAUGCACAUGAUAGCCGGCAUUUGAUUAAUGUACAGAACAGAACUUAAUAAAAUACUGAAUGUUAUAGC